AUGGGUAAAUUUGUUAUGGAUUUUGUGGCCUUAGACGUGGCGACCGGAACAGGUCAAGUGACUCAAGUAUUAGCCGAUUCAUUUAAAAAAGUUUAUGGUGUAGAUUCAUCAGCGAUAAUGUUAGAAAAUGCAGUUAAAAAAUCAAAUAUUACAUAUUCGAUCUCGAUUGCUGAAAAUCUCAAUCAAUUUGAUGAUUAUUCAAUUGAUUUAUUAACUGUCGCUGAGGCUGCUCAUUGGUUUGAUUUACCUAAAUUUUUAGAGGGAUCUUAUCGUGUUCUUAAAUUACCAUCUUAUAAUCUUUUUGAUAAUUAUCCAACUGCUUCGGAAUUGUUGAUUGAUCAUUAUAUAGAUUUGAUGGGUGAUUAUAAGGAGAAAGAAGGUAGAUUGAUACUUGAGAAUUUAUAUAGAGGAUUUGAGAUUCCUGAACGUUUAUUUAAAAAUGUUAAAUUUGAGGUUUACGAUGGAACUAAAGAGAGUGAGCAAUAUCGUUUUAUGGAAGCUGAUUGGACAGUUUCUCAAUAUGAAAAAUAUUUAAAAACAUUUUCAUUAAAAUACCCAAAUGCUGAGAACCCGGUUGAUAAAUUGAUUGCAAGGAUGAAAGAAGCAGAAGGUUGGGAAGAUGAUCAAUUAUUGAAGAUUUAUUGGCGUACAGCUCUUAUCUUGGCUGAAAAGAAUUAG